AUGUCGCAUACCUCGGACGAACACAAGGCCCGGGGCGACAAAUUGGAGCGAGAGAAGUUCGUGGCAGAGGCUCGUGUGAGAGAAUUGGAGGCGAACCUACGAGCAGUCUCCCAACCAACACCGACUACAACCCCUGGUCGACGGGCGGCUGCUAUACGUCCACGAUCCUCUUCGCUGUCAAACUUUAGAAUAACGACUCUUGAACAGGAUCUCUCCGAGGCUCGCAGUCUUCUGGCGAAGAGAGAGGCCGAGUUUCAAGCUGUCGCCCAGAAGGUCACUGUCGCCCAGAACGACCUUAUCAAGGCUGACAAUGAGAGAGCUGCAGGAGAGAGGCGUUGGAUGGGCCAAUUGGAAGAACUUCAGUCGUCAAUGGAGGAGAAGGAGAACGAGUUAGAAUAUCUGAGACAGCAAGCCGGGGACGGAGGACGUGAGGAGGAGCUAUUGAGGAGGAUUGAGGAGGAUGAUGCAAAGAUUGCAGCCCUAGAGUCCAUGAUCAGGGGAAUGGAGGACCCGAAGCAAUCGAAGGAAAAGGUGCGACGGAUGGAGAGUCGGUUAAAAGACGAGCAGCGCCUAAGAGUGGAGGGCGAGGAACGUUGCAUUGAACUUGUGCGGGAGAAGGAGGAGGUUCUGGAUGAGUUGCACGAUGCUCGUCAGGAACUUCAGCGCCUUUCACGGGAAUUGCUAGACAGGGCUUCCCGAGACCAGGAAAUCAACCACAAGGCUGUGAAGUCAUUGACGAUUUGCAAUGACCCACUCAUGAACGACGAUUCUUGCUUAAUCGAUAUGGACGCCCUUGAACCUCAGGCAUUUUCGCGGCGGUCAUCUCCUCCCCCGCCUCAGGUGCCCGACGUGGAUACUGUGGACCAUGUAGAACGACUUCUGGCGGCGAUUGACAGACUCCGCGCUGAGCGCGACAGCCUGCGACGCGAUGUACAAUUCUUAGAGUCGGAGUCUAAAUUCGCCAUUGAGGCCCUAGAAGCCAGACUGUCAGCCUCAUCCUCAACUGCCAGCGAGCAGACUGCUGCUACUAUCGGCCAACUCAAGGCGGAAAUGGACGAGAUGCAUGCCCAGAUUGUUACGGCUACGGAAAGCAAUUCUGCCGCUCUCCACCGAAAGGACGUCGAAAUACGCCGUCUCGGGAUUCAGCUUCAAGGACUUGCCAUCGCUCUGGCUCAUAUUGACCUUCAGCGCACCACAACCUUACCCAUUCAAUCUUCUGGCAGCGAUAUCUUCUCUCAAGCAACCAGCCAAGAAUCCAUAGCGGGAAUGGAAGAAUUGCAGAAGCGAUAUGGUGUUACAGUCGUUUGUCUAGAGGCAAUCACCAGUCAACGCGACGAUCUUCUGAAGCAACUACAAGUGAAGGACAGUCAAUGGGAACAGGAGCUAGAAUCUCUUCGGACGGAUGCCCAACAGCAAUUAGAGGAAGCCCGUCAACAGUUGGAUGAGGUCAUGCGCCAGCUAUCGGAGCUCAAUGCGCAUCUCGAGGACGUCGAAUCCGACCGCGAUUCCCUCCACCUUCAGGUUACGAAUCUCAUCGUUGAUCUGCAGCAAGCCCAGGAUGAGCUAACAAACGCAGAAAGUCGGUAUACUAAUCUUCAGUUCCAUCAAUUAUCCAACAUGACCUCCCACGAGGCCACGCGUACGCUACGCGAACACAUCGAAGAACUUGAAGGGCGUGUCAUGAGACGCACAGAGCAAAUUGGACUCCACCAGCAUGAUAUUCGCCGUCUUGAAACGAACUUGAAACUUCAAGAAGAGCGCCUCACCGAGAUGACAGCAGACUUAGAGACAAUCACUGCUCAAAAGGAUGCCAUGGUGGAGGAUUGUGCUGAUGCACGAGAAGCGCGCGACGAAGCUCUUGCACGCAUCGAGACCCUCGAAGAUGAGCUUGAAGCAAACGGCGACAAUGCAGCCUUAGUAACGACUAUGAUCAGUGUCGUCGCCGAUACUGUCUUGCAUGCACGGGAUUCAAUCCGCCGAAACAGACAGGAUCUCGUAAGAGCAAGACAGGAGGUUUCUUCUCUCCGACAAGAGCGAUCCACCUUGCAGGAAGAGCUCCAAUCGAACUCAGUAUCAUUGGCUGAACUUGAUGCCGUCAGGGGCACCCUCUCUGACUCACAGAAUGAAGCUACGGAAUUGUCGAUCCUCGCCCGUCGCUUCCAGGAAGAGAAGGCAGCUCUCGAGUCUCAACUUGCCGAAUUGCAGAAACAGGAUCACGAGUCCAUCAUCCGCGAUCUUGGACUGCAGAAGAAGACAUUGGAGACGCGUUUGCAGGAGCUUGAGCAAAGCGGUACUGUCCACCAGGACGCAGAGAACGAGCUCGUCCAGAUUAAACUCGAGCACGCCGAAGCAAUGGGCGCAGUUCAAAAGCUCCUUGUGGAAGCCGAGGGUGCCCUGGAAGAGCUAGAAACGCGGUACAAGUCUUCUGAGGAAAAUUAUCAUAGGGCCUUGGAUGGUGCCAAUUCCACUAUCCGCGGGCUGGAGGAACAGCUCGAAACUGCGAAGAAAAAUCUUUUGGUGCUACGUGAAUUGCACGACGAAUCUGAUGCUUUGUCGAAGGAUCAUGACAAGAAGAUUCAUGAGCUUCGAGUCCAACUCGAGAAGACUUCGCACGACUUAGAAAGUGCUCGACAAUCUCGAGAUGCCCUUCAGGAAGACAAUGCGCGCCUGCUUGAGAAUUUGGACCACAUCCGACGAGAACAAGAUGCCCUACUUGACGAUGUUCGUGGCAAGGGGCAUGUCAUUCAGCAGGAGCUGGAGAAGAAGGUCGUUUCCCUCCAAGGCAGAUUCGAAGAGAAUGCCCGCCUCCUUGACAUUUCGAAGGAGGAGGCAGCCCGGCUGGCUCAGCGUUUGCAGGAGGAAGUCGAAGGCCGAGCUCAUGACCAAAAGAAGUAUUCGAAGGAGGUGUCUGCCGCUGUCGAACGCUCGAAGGCCACAGAUGAUAGCAGAUCACAGUUGGAGGAAGAAUUGGCUAUCAUCCAAGAUAAGCUCCAGCGUGCUCAAGUCGAUCUUGAAACUACCGAAGAGGACAAGAUCGCUCUCCAACAAGAAAUCACAACAUUGGAAGCAGAGGUUCAGAAAUCGAAAUCGCUUCAAAGAUAUCUCGAAGGUCAGGUCAAGGAUAACGAACAACUCGCCAUCGUUCUCAAAGGAGACAUUGAGCGUCUCCAAGCUGACCUUGCCCGUUCCGAGAAGGCAUGCAAGGCGGCCGAAGUCAAUCUCAGUUUGCAGAACGCUCAACACAAGCGCGAGACCUCAGAGCUUCAACGGGAACUGUCAACCUUGCGCUCACGACCCAAUCUCGAGAAUGCCCUUUAUGAGCUGGAACAACGUAAUAACGAGAUGGAGGAGUUACUCAGGGCUAAAUGUGCGGAAAUUGAAGAGAACGACGACCGGGUCCUUGAGAUGUUGAAAGAAAAGAAGAAGCUGUCAACCAAGGUCGAAUCCUUGACUCGCAAAGUACAAAACCUGCAGGCCAAACUUGUGGCGGCCAAGGCAGCAAGUGCGGCCCAACCUCCCUCCGAAGGGCAAGUACCUCUACCCUCAUCCACACAACCGACAACAAACAUGGGGCAGCCGAGUCCCCAAACUUCUCGUCCGCGAUUGGCGACAUAUGCUUCACAUUCUCCACCUGCAGCUCCUACAGAAACUCCCUUAUCCGCCCGCAGGCUUACUUCCAGAAAUGUUUCUGGACCGUCAUCUUUACCCCGGCCCAAAACACCUGAGCGUAACCGUGCCUUCGCUCCUGCGCCUGCUGCACUUGCUCCUGUCCCGGUCUUUAGAGCACAAACGCCCGAGAGGCACACUGCGGUGGCUGAAUCUAUGCCAAUGUCGUCUGCGAUAGUCAUUGGCAAGAAGCGAGCAGCACCAGAUGACUUUGAGGUCUGUGACAACGUUCCUGCUCAGGCUUUCAGCCCCGAAGGCGAGGAUGUCGAAAAUCGGACACCUCGAGUUCGAAGAAUGUUGAGCAGCUUGCAAUCUGGUUUCACUCCUAAUCGGCAUCACAACCGUCCUACAGUUCCGAUACCGUCUCCGCGGAGAAGCAUCGCCCCGUUGAGUUCUGACAUGACCAACAGUCCUCAAAAGCUACCUCCUAUGCCACCAUCUUCUUUGAAAUCAAGCAAGCGAAGUUGGUUGGGGAAAAUCAGGGGUUCAUCACAAGUGCCAGACAGGCCGUCCAAUAUGAGGUCUCUCUUCGAUAGAGGGGAGGCUUCAUGA